AUGUCGACAAGAUCUGAAUAUAGCAAACUUUUUGAAAAGAGAACUAAGAAAGUUCAUCAAGGUGAAAGGUUGCUUAAAUGUCCAGAAUGUGAGAAAUCAUUUAUUAGAAAAGAUAAUCUUGUUGAACAUCUAAGAAUUCACACAGAAAAGAAGCCAUAUUCAUGUACUGAAUGUGAGAAGUGUUUUCGUUGGAAAUCACUUCUUGUUCAACAUCAGAGAAUUCACAUAGGAGAGAAGCCAUUUUCUUGUCCUGAAUGUGAGAAGUGCUUUAGUAAUAAAUCACAUCUUGAUACACAUCAGAGAAUUCACACAGGAGAGAAGCCAUAUUCUUGUACUGAAUGUAUGAAAUGUUUUAGUCAGAAAUCAAAUCUUGUUCAACAUCAUAAAACUCACACAGAAGAGAAGCCAUAUUCAUGUACUGAAUGUGAGAAGUGUUUUAGUCAGAAGUCAAUUCUUGCUGAACAUCAGAGAAUCCACACAGGAGAGAAGCCAUUUACAUGUACAGAUUGUGGAAAAGGAUUAAGAAGAAAAUCAAGCAUUUUAAAACAUAAAAAAAUUCACACUGGAAAGAAGCCAUUUUCAUGUCCUGAAUGUGAGAAGUGUUUUAGUCAAAAAUCAAGUCUUGUUAAACAUCUGAAAAUUCACACAGGAGAAAAGCCAUAUUCUUGUACUGAAUGUAUGAAAUGUUUUAGUCAGAAAUCAAAUCUUGUUCAACAUCAUAAAUCUCACACAGAAGAGAAUCCAUAUUCAUGUACUGAAUGUGAGAAGUGUUUUCGUUGGAAAUCAAGUCUUGUUCAACAUCUGAGAAUUCACAGAGGAGAGAAGCCAUUUUCUUGUCCUGAAUGUGAGAAGUGCUUUAGUAAAAAAUCAAAUCUUGAUACACAUCAGAGAAUUCACACAGGAGAGAAGCCAUAUUCUUGUACUGAAUGUAUGAAAUGUUUUAGUCAGAAAACAGCUCUUGUUCAACAUCAUAAAACUCACACAGAAGAGAAGCCAUAUUCAUGUACUGAAUGUGAGAAGUGUUUUCGUUGGAAAUCAAGUUUUGUUCAACAUCUGAGAAUUCACAGAGGAGAGAAGCCAUUUUCUUGUCCUGAAUGUGAGAAGUGCUUUAGUAAAAAAUCACAUCUUGAUACACAUCAGAGAAUUCACACAGGAGAGAAGCCAUUUUCUUGUCCUGAAUGUGAGAAGAGUUUUAGUCUGAAAGCAUAUCUUGUAGAACAUCAGAGAAAUCACACAGGAGAUAAGCCAUUUUCAUGCCCAGAAUGUGAUAAGUGUUUUAGUCAUAAAUCAAGUUUUGUUAAACAUCUGAAAAUUCACACAGGAGAGAAGCCAUUUUCUUGUCCUGAAUGUGAGAAGUGCUUUAGUCAUAAAUCACAACUUGAUGGACAUAAAAGAAUUCACACAGGAGAGAAGCCAUAUUCUUGUACUGAAUGUAUGAAAUGUUUUAGUCAGAAAUCAAAUCUUGUUCAACAUCAUAAAACUCACACAGAAAAGAAGCCAUAUUCAUGUACUGAAUGUGAGAAGUGUUUUCGUUGGAAAUCACUUCUUGUUCAACAUCAGAGAAUUCACAUAGGAGAGAAGCCAUUUUCUUGUCCUGAAUGUGAGAAGUGCUUUAGUAAUAAAUCACAUCUUGAUACACAUCAGAGAAUUCACACAGGAGAGAAGCCAUAUUCUUGUACUGAAUGUAUGAAAUGUUUUAGUCAGAAAUCAAAUCUUGUUCAACAUCAUAAAACUCACACAGAAGAGAAGCCAUAUUCAUGUACUGAAUGUGAGAAGUGUUUUAGUCAGAAGUCAAUUCUUGCUGAACAUCAGAGAAUCCACACAGGAGAGAAGCCAUUUACAUGUACAGAUUGUGGAAAAGGAUUUAAUUGUUUUAGUAAGAAGUCACAUCUUGUUCGACAUCAGAAAAUUCACACUGGAGAGAAGCCAUUUUCAUGUCCUGAAUGUGAGAAGUGUUUUAGUCAUAAAUCAAGUCUUGUUAAACAUCUGAAAAUUCACACAGGAGAAAAGCCAUAUUCUUGUACUGAAUGUAUGAAAUGUUUUAGUCAGAAAUCAACUCUUGUUCAACAUCAUAAAUCUCACACAGAAGAGAAGCCAUAUUCAUGUACUGAAUGUGAGAAGUGUUUUCGUUGGAAAUCAAGUCUUGUUCAACAUCUGAGAAUUCACAGAGGAGAGAAGCCAUUUUCUUGUCCUGAAUGUGAGAAGUGCUUUAGUAAAAAAUCACAUCUUGAUACACAUCAGAGAAUUCACACAGGAGAGAAGCCAUAUUCUUGUACUGAAUGUAUGAAAUGUUUUAGUCAGAAAUCAGAUCUUGUUCAACAUCAUAAAACUCACACAGAAGAGAAGCCAUAUUCAUGUACUGAAUGUGAGAAGUGUUUUAGUCAUAAGUCAAUUCUUGCUGAACAUCAGAGAAUCCACACAGGAGAGAAGCCAUUUACAUGUACAGAUUGUGGAAAAGGAUUAAGAAGAAAAUCAAGCAUUUUAAAACAUUAA